UGUAAGAUAAAGUAGAGAAAAGUAAACAUUCCAGCUUCACGUUGUGUGUAUUCCGAUUUCAUUCUGAUGACAAUGUCCUGUCUGUGUGGUUCUUCAAACAUAUCUUCUGAAAAAUUGUUAAAUUAAAGUAAAGAAAAACAUGGAUUUCCGUUAUGGUAAACGAUGCAUAAAGAAAUCAUAAAAACGAUUUAUUGUCCUAUCAAGUGCUAUACAGACUGAACACAGCAAUAAUAUUGGUUAUUGGGACAACAAAAAAAAGACUCUACGUUUAUUGUGCGGUCGGAGUUUUGCGGAAAAAAAAAAAUAAUUUUUAAUGUUCCGCGUGAAAGAAAUAUUUUUUUUGGUCCGCUCAUUUCGCAGUGAAAUGUGUGAAGGAAAUGUUUAUUUCUGAAUAAACUUUCAAGUACUUGCAGAUGACAAGCGAAGAAGAAGUGAAGUAUUUGUAUAAUCAAAUGUACGUGUGUAGUGGUGGAAGUUGUUGAUAAUAUUUAUGCUGCAUUGUGUAGAGGAAAAUAAAAGCUUUGUUAACUUGCGAGAACUUUUCGAUAAUUUAUUUCCUCUUGAAACGGAUUUUCCUUAUGUGAUGGGAACACGACGAUGAAUAUUCUGUAAGGAGAUGAUUAUGUGUAUGACAUUUUAACCAUUCCAUUAUAUGCGGUCUAUUUUGAACGGAACACUUGAUAGUAAAUUGAAUUUUCCAUUGCGAUAAUAAUGCAUCAACCGCAUUGUUGUGGUGACAACCGAAGACAUUAAAUAACCGCAAUCACUUGUUAAUUGCCAACAGAAAUAAUUAAAGAAAAGCAAAUCAGAACUUAUUCUCCGCAUAUAUAUAUGUGCGCCUGAUAAAAUUGAUGUCUUGUGGGUAUCAUAAACAUUAUACGGAUCUAAAGACUUGUUUUAACGACGAAACAUUAUAUAACAACUUCUUGUUAUCGCAACAGUUAAUUGCGAAACAAAAAAUUUGUGUACCAUGACGUUUUCAAUUGAAUUACUUGUGACAGCUAUUGCGGUGCUCAUUUGUGGAGUAACUGCGCAAGCCGGAGUGUCGGAGAAAAUACCAUUGGGUGCGAUAUUCGAACAAGGAACCGACGAAGUUCAAUCAGCAUUUAAAUUUGCGAUGCUUAAUCACAAUUUAAAUCUAACUGCUCGACGUUUCGAACUGCAAGCUUAUGUUGAUGUCAUUAACACUGCAGACGCUUUCAAGCUUUCCAGAUUAAUUUGCAAUCAAUUUUCGCGUGGAGUUUACAGCAUGUUGGGUGCUGUUUCGCCGGAUUCAUUCGAUACACUACAUUCGUACAGCAAUACAUUUCAAAUGCCUUUUGUUACGCCAUGGUUUCCAGAGAAGGUUCUAACCCCAUCGUCGGGAUUCUUGGAUUUUGCUAUUAGCAUGCGUCCUGACUACCAUCAAGCCAUCAUCGACACAAUAACUUUUUAUGGAUGGAAAAAGAUAAUUUACUUAUACGAUUCGCAUGACGGUUUAUUACGACUGCAACAGAUUUAUCAAGGAUUGAAACCUGGUAACGAAAGCUUUCAGGUCGAAACCGUUAAACGUAUCACAAAUGUAUCAUCAGCUUUGGAUUUUCUGCGUACAUUGGAAGAAUAUAAUCGCUGGUCGAAAAAAUAUGUAGUUCUCGAUUGUCCAACGGAAAUGGCUAAGGAGAUUAUUGUAAAUCAUGUACGAGAUGUUACCCUCGGUAGACGAACGUACCAUUAUCUUCUCAGCGGUCUCGUUAUGGACGAUAGGUGGGAGACUGAAGUCAUCGAAUAUGGGGCUAUUAACAUAACUGGAUUCCGUAUUGUGGACACAAGCAGACGUUAUGUGAAGGAAUUCCUAGAUGGCUGGAAAAGAUUGGAUCCAACGACAUCAUUAGGUGCUGGAAAGGAGUCAAUUUCGGCACAAGCAGCACUGAUGUACGAUGCAGUGUUCGUGUUAAUUGACGCAUUCAACAAAUUACUCAGGAAGAAACCGGAUCAAUUCAGAAGCACAUACACUUCAAAACGCGGUAAUCAAGGUGGAUAUACCAAUACGAGUGGACUCAAUGGAAAUUCGAACAUGAACGGCAUCGUUAAUAAUUUUAACACGUUGAGUGGCAGCGCCAACAAUAACAAUAGGUUAUUAGAUUGUAACAUACCGAAAGGACAUCAUCCCACUCCAUGGGAGCACGGUGACAAAAUAUCGAGAUAUUUACGAAAGGUCGAAAUUGAAGGUUUGACUGGCGAAAUUAGAUUUAGUGAUGACGGACGACGACAAAAUUAUACAUUGGGUGUGGUAGAGAUGACUGUAAACAGUGCAAUGGUUAAAGUAGCCGAAUGGUCGGACGAAACCGAAUUCAUACCCAUUGCGGCCAAAUAUGUUCGCCUUCGACCGAAAACUGAUUUUGAACGAAAUAAAACAUACAUCGUAACAUCGAUCGUUGAGGAACCGUACAUCAUUGAAAGUGUACCGGAUAAGGGUGAAGUGUUGGAUGGCAAUCGGCGGUAUGAAGGAUAUUGCAAGGAUUUAGCGGAUUUGAUAGCACAGAAGUUAGGGAUCAAUUAUGAAUUGCGGAUGGUUAGAGACGGAAAUUAUGGUUCGGAAAACUCUGAAAUCAAAGGGGGCUGGGACGGUAUGGUCGGCGAGCUGGUGAGACGGGAAGCUGACAUUGCUAUCGCACCAAUGACAAUAACAUCUGAAAGGGAACGUGUAAUUGAUUUUAGCAAGCCGUUUAUGUCGCUCGGAAUAUCGAUCAUGAUAAAAAAGCCUGUCAAACAAAAGCCCGGUGUUUUCAGCUUUCUAAAUCCGCUGUCAAAGGAGAUUUGGGUCUGUGUUAUAUUCAGCUACGUUGGAGUGAGUAUCGUCCUGUUCAUUGUAUCCAGAUUUUCACCAUACGAGUGGCGGUUGAUUCAAAUCAAUGGUGAACAUCUCGAACAGAUGCCUAACACACCAGUACCGCAACAUGCAUCGGUAAACGAGUUUAGCAUUCUAAAUUCAUUUUGGUUUGCUCUGGGCGCAUUUAUGCAGCAAGGGUGUGAUUUUUCGCCUCGUUCGAUUUCUGGCCGUAUUGUGGGUUCGGUUUGGUGGUUUUUCACACUUAUCCUCAUAUCAUCGUACACUGCCAAUCUAGCCGCAUUUUUAACCGUCGAAAGAAUGGUAACACCAAUCAAUUCACCCGAAGAUUUAGCAACACAAACGGAAGUUCAGUAUGGUACACUAUUGCACGGUUCCACAUAUGACUUCUUUAGGAAAUCUCCGAUCCCCAUUUACACGAAAAUGUGGGACUACAUGAAUUCAAAGCCACAAGUGUUUGUGCAAAGCUACGAAGAAGGAAUCAAGCGUGUACGCAAUUCGAAAGGAAAAUAUGCGCUGUUGAUUGAAUCGCCAAAAAAUGAGUACAUUAAUGAACGGGAACCGUGUGACACAAUGAAAGUGGGACGGAAUCUGGAUGCGAAAGGAUUUGGAGUCGCCACCCCACUGGGCUCACCUUUGAGGGAUCCCAUUAAUCUAGCUGUUCUAUCGCUGCUGGAAAAUGGUGAACUGACGAAACUGUUGAACAAAUGGUGGUUCGACCGAACCGAAUGCAAACAACCUGAAAAACAGGAGGCAACUCGUAAUGAACUGUCACUAAGUAAUGUGGCUGGGAUAUUCUUCAUUCUAAUCGGCGGUUUAUUGGUUGCAUUGGCUGUAGCAUUGUUCGAAUUCUGUUUGAAAAGUCCAGCAACACAUCCAAAUUCCAAGCAACUAUCCGAAUCGAUGAAAUCAAAACAAAAGUUGACAAUGCAACCGGGACGGGAAUAUGACAAUGGUCGCGUUGGGUAUUAUGGUCCUUCUGCCGUUCAAGUAGCCAUGCAACAGGACCAAGACAGUGGUCAUCCAGCAAAUUCCCAUUCACAAGUCUGACGCGAACAUGUGCCGGAUGCCCGCUUAUGACGAACCUCAGGUACAUCAAACAAUACCAUUCGACGCAUCAUGACUAAUAGCCGACAAGAGACUGAGAAAAUGCUCAAACACGACGCAAUGAAUCAUAACAUGAGCACUGUUAGUGUGACUAGUAGUGAUCAGCAGCCAUUACCCUAUAUCAAUAAUAAAUAAUUAAAUUUAGGUCCCUAUGACGCGACAACUACAAUUUGUACUGGAUCGUGUCGACGGAUUAAAUAAUAAAUAAAAAGGUCAUAAGUUUGUGGUCGUUCCUAGGGCGAUUGAUGAAUUUAUUUUACGAGGAGGCGUUAACAAUUAACUGAUCUUUGUUUGGUAAUAUUUUUUGCUUAGUCGUUUAAGAAAUUGAGAAAAUGUGAUUCCCUUGAAAAGUGGAUUUUUAGGCUUAGAGCUGUCUACCGAUCUAGCUACUUUGAUUGCACUCGGUCCAACAUCAUGUCAAUUUCCUCAGUAUGAAAUGGUUACUGAUAAACCAUACUACUUGGCUGAACUGACAUUCGUACCACCAACGAUUUUUGAAAAUUUUAUGACGAAUGUCGGCUUCUGGUUAAUACAAACGAAAAGCGACUGAAGUGCAUUAAUGGAAGCUCAAUAAUUAUUUUUUUGGUUCCACAAAAAUGUCAGUGAAGCAGCUUUUUAGAGCUUAAAAGCUUCAUUUUUAUAUGUGCAGAAAUUGAACUGAAAUUAGUACAGAAAUUGAACACAAUCCUUUUUGUCCACCAUUUUGGUCUUGGUAUUAAGGGAUUGUAUGAAGUGAAGCAAAUUUUAAUUGAAAACAAAAUUAAAAUCUGAGAAGAUUGCAAAAUGCAACACCGACACAAUUAUAUUCCGUUCACAGACUAGCGGGCAUAUCAUUGAUGACAGAAAAAAGUGUUUAAUUGUUCCGUUAAAAUAUUUAAAUUUACUUAAAAUGAAUAUGAAUGUUUAACCCUCAGACGUUAAGUUUUAUUUUAGUUGUAUAAAUAUAAACGGAAAAAGUGUUAAAUGAAUGUAUAUUUUGUCUAUGUUGAGGGAGCUAUGGAAAAUGUUAUGCUAAUACAGACGGUUUUACCAAACUUCGUAUGGUCGAUAUUGUUCGAUCAAGUUAUUAAGUCCAAUGUAAAUUCGAGACAACCUCAUAAACUGCAGAAAAUGGAAAUAAAAGAUGGGAAACCAUUAUUCCUAUACAUAACUUAGAGAGGAAAAGAAAAACGAUGAUCUGAACGCAGAGAAGUGUUAGUUUGGUGGGAGUGUUUCCAUUGAUUAAUAUGUUCACAUCAAUAUUUAUGAAGUUGGAGAAAUUAUGAUGUUCACUAUCGACUAUUUUCCGUACCUCUCUCUCUCUCUCUCUACAUAUAGUAAUUUAUUAAAGUGAAAUUAAUAAUAAUAAGAAGAAAGAAAGUUAUUUCAAAUGAAUGACUAAAACUUAAUGAAAUUACAGUUGAGGGUCAUCAAGAAAAUGUAUCGACCAGCUAAGAUUUCUACACACAGAGACCUAUGUUCUUAAGGGAAGAUUCAAAAUAGUACGCACACACAUAAGUGGUAUCGGUUUAAUAAGAGUUGUCUAAUAAGAGGAUAAUCACCUCGAAUCCCGAAAUGCAGGAACCACCAUGGGAGCAGGUUGUUUCUGUGGAAAAUGUUAGAAGUGCUAGAAAAAUCCGCUCAUGUAGAACGAAUUGCUCAUGUCGGAAUUGACACACAAAAUUUGAAUUAAAGGAGAGCUUGAGAAAUCACCUGCGCUGGUGGAAAAUACUUGCUCGCAAGAAAUUUAAUUUCGCCCACCAAGGAGACCAACAUUUUGUGAUUAUUAUUCUCGCUGGAAGAAAUUGGACUUUUCCAGUGACAGUGAUAAUUGGACAGUGAUCACCGUGCGUCUUAAAAUUCUAGGAAUUAUCACGGAAUGUGGUCAAAAAUUGUUGAAAAUUUCAAAUCUCAAAAAAAAUUAAAGUUCAAUAUCUCGGCUGAACCGAUUUCGAUGUGUGAUUAGCUCGUUGAACUUGUACAGAUGUCCAGAUAACAAACAUCAUAUUUGAGGGAAUCAUUGGAUUGAAGGGGAAGUCAAAAGGUUGCUAUAUUAUCUUUAGUCCUUUACAUUUUUUGAAGCAUAGGACAUAGGGCUUACUAACGUGCGACCGGUGCGACCAUAAUGUCGGCUGACAGUGUCAUAAUUAUUUGGAAUAAAAAAUUGACACUUUUUGAAUAGUAUGGUGUCGGCAGACAUAAAUGUGCGAGAGGAAGUGGUCGAAAAGCACAUUGUCUAACGUGCGUUACUACAUGAAUGUACCCUUACCGAGCAUAAUAUUUGAAAAUAGGAUUCCUGCAAUUCUCUAAAAUGUUCAUUAAAUUCAGAGAAUUUUCUUCGUAAAUUAAUUUCCCAAGUGUAGAACUCUAACAAACUCCUUAUAUUUCAUAGGGAUUAUAAAUGAGCUGAUUGAGGGCAGAAGAGGGAUUACUAUGUCAACUCUAUCGAUAGAGUACGAUUCACUAUUUCACUAAAAGAUGUCGCUGCAGCAAAACCAAUGUCAGCAGAAAAAUAAUUAAGUUUUUACUCGACGAAUUUUAGUCAAAUAAAAUGACAUUGUAUAGCCCAGUACCUCAAGACUCUGGAACAGUAAUUAGUUUUUUAAAUCGGUUCUCCUUAUAUCCGCUUGUCGAUAAGAGUCUUAAAAAAGAUAUGAUGAAACAAUAACAAACGUUUUUUCAAACCCUUAUCUCCAAGUAAAUGUAGGGCCGAUUGAAAAACUAAGUACUGUUCCCGAGUCAUGAGGUCAUGUGCUGUACGAUGCCAUUUUAUUUAUUAAUUAAUUUUCGGUUGACAUCAGCUUUUUUCCAGCGACAUCUUUUAGUGAAAUAGUGAAUCGUGCUCUAUCAUUAGAGUUGACAUAGAUUAGAGGAAAGAGAAGUGAUUCCGUAAUCCCUCUCCAGGUGUAGAACGAUGACGAUUAUUUAUUAAACGAUCGUCUCUAGUUGAAAAGCGAAAACACACUAAAUUUAACAAUCAUAUCCUAGGUAAAUUAAUUUUUUUAUAAAAAUCAAAUGCAAACAGAGAAUAAGAUGAAAGAAAGCGGAUGAUAAAAGUUACUAAAUUGUAUUUGUAUUCCAAUAAUGUGAUGUGUAAUAAUGAAAUAUUUAUAGUGUAGGAUUUGAAACGUAAGAAUAAAGAAAUUCUAAUUAUAAUACAGAAUGUAAUUGUUGAAAAUAAAAUAUUGCCGAUUUUUAGUGUGGUAUUUCCGUAUAAAUAUAUUUAUUGAAAUAAGAACGAAAUUUUCAGUGAAAAAAAAACUUUAACAAUGUAUGGAAUAAUGAGCUCAAAUCAAUUUUAUACAAAGAUUUUUUUUUAUCAGAACGGUUGCAAACUACUACUAAUACCAUCGUCCUUAUUAACAUAAUCGUUAUUCCAGUUUAGAUUUACUGAACUCGACUUUUGUAAACAAUAUGGUUUUAGGUUUUUGAACAGAACCGGUAAUGUACGUAUACGAAAGAUUGAAUUCGAUUUUAUAGUCGUAGAAACAGCCAUACAUUUCUUUACGAAAAUAAAGUUUUCCGAAAGUUUUGUCCAUCACAUAGACAAGUAUCAAUAACUUUAAGUAAUAGGGUGGAUCGAUUUUGUAACAGAACCGCCAUACUCACAAAAGUCAACCUUCACCCUUUACAGCAAUGGCAUGUGACGUAAUGUUGAAACGCUGAGCGUAGCUCGUUUCCGCACAACCUAUUUCGGAAAUAUAGUAGAUUACUUUGGAUGCUGCGGAAGUCAUUAAUUACAUUAGGAAUCAAUUGCGUGAUACGAGUCUCAUUAAUUGUCCCUAAUAAAUGAAUUACUUCCACGGUGGAAGUUCCACCAUCCAACAUAGUUUAUUUUAGUCGUUGUCUCAUGCGGAAAGUUAUUAUUAAAUGCACAUGGGGGCUCAAACAUGCAUGUAAGGACCAUUUUCCGCGGGGAACACAUGUACAUGAAAUGGCAACUUUCCGCAUUGGAUAGUGAUUAAAAUACAUUCACUUAGGCGCUUCCUAGUUUAAAGUUACAAUUUUAAAAUCGAUCCACCCUAAUACGUAUACAUUAUACACCUAUGGAACACAUGAUUAUGCUAAUGCUUCUUGAGUGAAAUUUCUUGAUCCGAGCCGAAGGCAUUAAUGACCCUGAAAAUUUUUUUUUCACCAUUCCUCUCGAUUGAAAUGUACCAUAUGGUAAAGUAAAUUAAACUUUACUGCGGUUUGUGAAUAAUUUAUUUUACAAUACAAAGACAAAGAAACUCAACAACAACUUUUAAAAUUAAUCAAAGAGACAGAUUUCCUUCACAGAAAAUAUUGUAAAGUUCGUCUCAUUUUGUAGUUACUUUAAAUUGAAAAAAGACAAACUUUCGAAUAACAUUUUUCCAACUUCAGCACCUUUUCACACCACUAGACAACAGACAAUAGUUGAAGUGAUGAGCAAAAGAAAACCUCGGAAAAGUAAGUCUUUCAAUUUUCUGUAAUUGAUGUUGCCGAGCAACAUACAAACCUUAUGAGGCUAUUCUACAAGAAAGAAUGCACCUCCUUCCUACACACAUAUAGUCAUCAAAAUUGCAGGUGUACUAUUUAUAAGACUUCUUUCUGUUUAUAUGGAAUAAAUAGCAAUAAUAAACUGUAUCAAGGUUCAAGGUGCAUGAAUAGAAUUGAAGCUGUAGAUGUGUCAGAUCCUUUGACACGAGUAAUUAUGAAGUGUCUUUUCAUAUACCAGCAAUAUAAAAGACUAAAUUCUUGUGAAUUUUAUUGUUCUUCUAUUCUGGGGUUAAAGUUCACUCGUAAAUGACCUGUGCUUGAAAUCGGUCAAUUUUAGACGUUAACACUUGCUGCAACAACAUAGAGUUUCGUUUGACAUAAAAUAGUCGCAGCUAUUGCGAAAAUGAAAACAAUCAAUAGGUGAUGGGCGUCAGUGAACAUAUUUGCAAGGUAUGACCAUAUUAAAAAUUUUCAAAGAAAACGUAUUGAACCAGUACAGUCUUAAAGUCUUCGAUAAUAACUUGAAUAUUUUCUUAUAAAAGUCCUACCGCCAUCAUACAAUUUAACAUCAAAUUUAAUGCUGUGCCAAUUUUGUAUGAUGCGGUCAUACGGGUCAAUAAUGGGCGAGAUUGUAUUAUUUCAAUAACAUAAACUUCAUUUAACAAACAAACUAAUUUAAAACAUAAAUUGAAAAUAUCAAUUUAUAUUUUAUGUGUUGAUAAAACAUGCCGGGGAUGGAACAGAGAACUGAAAAACUCAUUAAAACCAAAACAAUAUAUUUUUUACCCCUAAUGGAUUACUUUAAUUAUUGUAUUUUUUCCCCCACCCAUAGCCACAAUCUACCCACUAAAAUAUUAACUAGAUAGACGUACAUUUUAACAUAACUGUGCAAACCAAACCAAUUAACUAUUAAACAUAAUUAAAAAGCAAAUAAAUCAUAAAAUAAAACAAUAAAAUAUACAAAAUAAUAAAUCAAAUCUCUAAAAAAAUACAAUCAAAAAUAAAAUAAUGUUAACUACGACACAGAAUGCAAUUUGUUGACGAAGAAAAAAAAACUGUAGAUUACGUCAUCAUGUGGCAGGGUUGGGUUGCGCUAAUAGCGUAAACAUUUGCGCUAAUUUGGGUUUUCAGACUUUUUUUGACACAUUUUAUGGAUCGAAUCACAUGAGGAAAAUUUUGAUGGUAUUCCUUCCGCCUUUAGGGGGCGAAAUGUGAAUAAUUACUGGUGCGCUAAUUAGAACGUAUUUUGCACGUUUUUCCUUCUAUCUCUCUGAAGGGUAUCGGGGAAUCUGACACACUGUGCCAAAAGAACGCAUUUUUAAACUAUGUAAAAGGUAAACUCGCACACGCAAGUUUAUUGCUGCAAAUGCUUUUAACAUGGCAUUGACGUAAUGACUCCUUUUACAAAAUUUUGGUAUGUAAAAAUCGUGUGUGAGUUCACCUUUUACGUAGUUGAAAAAUGCAUUGUUUUAUCACCGUGUGUCAAAUUACCCCACGUCCUCUGAAGAUAACGCUCUUCCUGUAAAGGUUUCUAAAAACCAAGCUGAAGUCAUACGCAAUACGAUAGAAUUUUUACUUAAGCGGUUCAUGAAUUGUGUCGGAAAAGUUAAAUGAAUCGGAUCACCACAACUAUUUGCGUUACUAGCAAAACCCAGCCCUGUCAUGUGGGCACUUAUAUUUCGAUUAGUGGAAAAUCUGAUAUCCUUCCACUAGUAAAAAUAACAGUGUCCGAACAAUAACGAAGUCCCACGGAAUAGCCAUUUUCAGAACUAAGAUUAAAAAGUUGAAAAAAGUCGAAGCCGAGGUCAAUAAAACAAAAACACCUCUUUGAUAAUUAUAAUAUAAGGCAAUAUUUUGUUGAGGAGGCAAUGUGGAUUUUAUAUGAAAAACAGACGCAUCUGCAUUGCAGGCGCGGUUUCUAACAUUUGCUAGAAUUUGUCAUUAGUUAUUUUUGGCAAAUUUUUGCACAUCUUAGCAAGGUAUGGGAUAGCAAUUUCCCAUAAAGAGGUCCUAGCUUUGACACUUCUUCCCCAACAGUAUAUAGCCUUGAUUCUAUGCUGAAGACGUUGAGGUGCUUGGAACAUUUUAAAAUUUAAAGUGUUCGGACGCAAGUUGUAUGUAAAAUUAUCACUAAUUACAUCAAGUAGUGGAUCAUUUCCGUGGGAAAAAUAUUAUAAAAUGAAAGCAAAAUAUUAUUAUCGGCAAAAAAAGAAGAUGAAAAA